AUGGCUCCAUCAGAUGCGAAUGUCAUGGGCGCUGCCAUCUAUCUUGUGCAAAGCGGACAAGUUGGUCCAAUGACCUCGCCGCAACUCAUUGGUUGGGAACGCAAUCCUGAUAAUGCUGAUUGUUUGGUUCAUGCUUUCCACUGUAGAUGCUGCAUUUAUGCCCAACAACCUCGUGAUCAGGCUGGGUCACCAGUAACACCCGAGGAACACCUGCCCGACACUGAAGCGAACAGUCCAUCAUUGGAGAGUGACGACAUCAGCUACACAGAGUCGCAAAGGAUUCACACUUAUUAUGAGGGUAGUGAUGAUGAAAUUUCUUCUCCUCGCGAAGAAGGCAUCCCGGAGAAAUGUCAAUGGACCGGCGAGGAUGCACCUAGCUGUGAUGUUGAAGAGGCUCCUGGACAUGAGGCGGACAAUAUAUAA